CAGAUGUCUUUCUCGAGGUAAUGGAUCAACUGUCGCAGUGUGUUUGAUUGCAGAGGCCCACCAUCUCUCCCCUCACCUCUCCACAGUCUGCAAGGAGGCACUCCCGUCAUUCCCGCCCGCUGCAUACAGAUACUUGCCGAGCUGGGCCACGCCCACCCCGCCCCGUGGGGACCGGAGACUGCAGACCUCAGUCCACUCGUCACUCUGGGGGUCGUACCUCUCCACAGUACGGUAGCAGUUGACGUCAUCCAGUCCUCCGACAGCGUACAUGGGUCCUCCGAUGGCUCCAACAGCAAUGCCUCUCCUGAGGGUCUUCAUUGGCUGCACGUACUGCCACACCCCCUUCUUGGGGUCGUAGCAUUCAACUGAGUUGAGAUGUUGAUGACCGUCGUGCCCGCCCACUGCAUACAGCUUCCCGUCCAGGUAGGCCACGCCCACAUGACGUCGCCGUGAGCACAGCUCCGGUCCUUCAUGCCAGGAAUUUGUCCUGAAGUCAUAACACUCUACGCUGCUGAAAGGCUCUCCAAUAGCGCCUCUUCCUCCCACUGCAAACAACAUCCCCACGGUCGACUUGCGGGGGUGGAACCUCCGAUCCUCCAGGUGCCAGAAUUUCUCUGGCAUCAGGUGAAAGUUUUUGGCGUCGUCGACAAAAUCUCGGCAUUUGAGGCUCUUUCUGACAAAGGGGUUUGCCUCGACCUGUUCGGUGAGGAAGGAAGUGGAGAGCAGAGGAAGACGGACAACGCUAAUGAGAGCCGGGAGAUGAGGCACUCUCUCUUCCGUACGGACACCCAGCCACGUCUCCACCGCUCGGUAAACAUCUUCUUCGCUCCUUACGUUCACGUCAUCACUGUCCAGUAACCAGGCAAGGUCAUCUCCGGAGAGCGAGAGAAAUUCCUCGUUCUUGAUUGCAUCCAUGAAAUGGCUCUGGAAGUACUCGGAUGCGAGUUGUACUAGUCGCGUGCUGCCAUAGGUCCGUGCAAAAGACCUGAUCCCCAGACAGUUGGAAGGGUGAAGCUGACACUCGAGGAACUUGGCUGCUGCCUCAAACACCGAGGGGAAGGAGUAUAUUGAGCUGGCCAUCAUGACUGACUGUACGUUCUGUGUCGUGAUCUCCAGCUUGCAGGUGUAGGCAAACUCCACCAGGAGUUUCAUGGCUCCAGCCUCCACCUCCUUCAACUCCACUCUCUCUUGUCGGCUCUCUCUCAUGCCACCGGCGAACAUGGAGGAGAAGUACUGGGAGGAAGCGGCCAGGACGAGACGGUGCGCCAGGAUUUCUUCCCCGCCGACCUCCAGCACCACGUCGCAGAGUUUCUGCUCCUCUCUCAUCUGCUGCAUCCUCUCGAAGGCCUCUCCCGGGUGCUCCUUGGCCUCGAACAGCUGCAUCUCUUCCCUCGAGCCGCGAGGCUCCUCGCUGCCACCGCUGAUCAGGACACUGGUCAUCGUCUUGGCCAGAGCUUCCACAUCAACGGGCGGGGAAAUUGCUGGAACUUGAGGCUGAUUUUCUUCUUCCACUUCUUCCUGUUCGUCCUCAGAAAGAGCGAGGUUUCGAGCCGGUGGUGUAGCUGCCAUUUUCGAGCUCACUCCGCAGUUUUUGGGUGCACGUGCCAAGCCACACCCAUUUUUGCACAUGCGCACUAGUACUACGCUAUGGUGCUCUCCAAAUCGAAUAACUUGUUGCUACAGCACCUGAUAAACAAUCAGUGUUUUCUCAUGUGUUCUCUGGACUAGAAGACAAGAAAGGAAUGUCGGAUGAACCGGGGAAGGGAUCGUCUGACAACGUGCAGGUAGCAGUUCGCUGCCGGCCGCUGAGCUCGGGGGAGAAAGAGGCGGGGCACAGUGUGGUGGUGAGUGUCGAUGUUGAGCAAGGUGAGGUGGUGCUGACCCCGCCCACCUCCGCGGGCUCUCACCGGCGAGGAGAGCAGGCGAGGACGUUUGUGUUCGACUCGGUGUUUGGUCCGGAGUCCCAGCAACUGGACAUCUACAACGAGACUGCGAGGCCCAUAGUGGAUUCAGUCCUGGAGGGGUACAAUGGUACAAUAUUUGCCUACGGGCAGACAGGGACGGGAAAGACGUUCACAAUGCAGGGGGAGAAGGAGCCUCCAGAGAAGAGAGGAAUCAUUCCUAACUCCUUCGCUCACAUCUUUGGACACAUCGCCUCCUGUCAGGGAGAAACACAGUUCCUGGUCCGAGUGUCAUAUCUGGAGCUGUACAAUGAGGAGGUAUCAGAUCUGCUGAGCAAGGCGGUGAGAAAGAGACUGGAGGUCCACGUGAGACCAGAUGUCGGAGUCACCGUGAGGGACCUCUCAUGUUUCGUGGUGAAGAAUGCAGACGAAAUGGAGAAACUGAUGACCAUCGGAGAUCGAAACAGGCAUUUUGCAGUGACAGACAUGAACGAGCAUUCCUCGAGGUCUCACGUGGUGUUCUCAGUAACAGUGGAGAGAAGUGACGUGGGUCCAGACGGAGAGCCACAUGUCCGUAUGGGAAAACUGAACCUUGUUGACCUUGCCGGCUCGGAGAGGCAGAGCAAGACGGGAGCGGAGGGAGAGAGACUGAAGGAGUCCAUGAAAAUCAACCUCUCCCUCAUGAUGCUGGGAAACGUCAUCUCUCAACUGGUGGACGGGAAGAGCAAACACAUCCCGUACCGCAACUCGAAACUCACCCUCCUUCUCCAAGACUCUCUGGGAGGGAACUCAAAGACAGUCAUGAUUGCAAAUAUUGGUCCAGCCAGCUACAACUGGGACGAGACGCUCAACACGCUGAGAUAUGCCAACAGGGCUAAGAAUAUUCAGAACAAGGCUCGAAUCAAUGAGGAUCCAAAGGAGGCCAUGUUGAGAGAGUUUCAGAAAGAGAUUGAAGAGUUGAAGAGACAGUUGGAAGAAGGCAGUGGUGGGGAGGAAGGGGAGGGAGAGGAGGGUCAGAGGGGAAAGAGGAAGAAGAGAAGAAGAGAGGACAAGUAAGUCAGUGAGAGAGAUCCAAUCUCGUAGCACUAGGAUUUGACGAUGACAGGUAGUGCAGGGAUAUCACCAAGAUCCGCAGCCAAGGUCAGAGUCCAGCUGGAGAGAGAGAGGGCAGAACUUCUGAAGAAGACGGGACUUGCCGAAGGGGAGAGAGACUCCACCCGUCGAGAGCUGGAGAGGAAGGAGGAGGAGCUGGCCAAGGCCCAAGAGCAGCAUGCAGAGAUGGAGAGGAAACUGAAGGACCUGUCGUCCAAGGUGAUAGUGGGCGGAGUCAACCUCCUGGAGAAGGCGGAGACUCAGCAGAGGCUCCUCGAGCAGUCGGCCAGAGAACUGGAGAAGAGGAAGAAGAAAGAAGCCAAACUCACCAGAAAGCUGCAAAGGAAGGAGGCGGAGAGGGUGGAUAUGGAGGAGAAGUAUGCCACUCUACAGGAUGAGGCUGCGGCAAAGAAAACUAGAUUGAAGGAGGUCUGGAGAGAGGUCCAGAGGACCAGGGAAGAGUUGUCCAACCAGAGGGCAGACUUUGAGCAGGAGAGGCAGGCGAUGGAGGAGACAGUGAGGGAACUGAGUCGAGAGGUGAGGCUGCACCAGCUGGUCAUCGACGCCUACGUCCCAGACCAGUACCAGCAGCUGAUCCAUUCCCAUUCCACAUGGAAUGACGACACUGGAGAAUGGCAUCUGCGUGGCGUGGCAUACACUGGAAACAAUGUCCAGAGACCUCAGCCACCACCUCAUGAUCACCAGGAACCAGAAUGGGACACCAGAAUGGCAUACCUCUCCUACCACAUUGGGGAGGUCAGAGUUCACUCUCUGUCUGAGAGGUCAUAGCUCGGCAGAUGUUUCUUGUAUUGUCACAUGAUGCAGACUAAUCAGCCAACAAAACACUUUGCUGCAAAUUAUUAUUUACGAAGAUGAUUGGUUGAUUUCGGAGGUGGUGAUAUAUACAGUGUGAAAUUGAAAAAGUCAGUCUUCAUCGUCACUACUGUCAUCCUCACUGUUGCUAGAGGCUUGCAGAUCCUCCAGUAACAGAUCUACUCCCUCCACCCAUGGCUCCAACUCCACACCUCUACUGUCCCCCUCAUCCCAUUGCUCCACAUCCACUUCUCCCUCUUCCCCUCCUCCCACCCCCACACCCUCACUCCCUCCCUGACACAAGCUGAGGAUGUCGGCACGAGCAGAACUCGAGGCUGCUGGGGAGUUGGGACCAACAAUAUCCUCCAAUUUCCUCUCCAACUGACUAAUCAGCUCCGCCCCCUGCAAUCAUAAUGUUUACUAUUGUAUUCAUGAUGACAGAAGCUCCACCCACCUCAUCAAGAGCCUUGGUUCCCAUGGCGACCAUGGUCUCAGCAGUGGCAGUGAUCUUGGAGCGAGGUCCAUUGUAGGUGAGACUGUUCUCUCGUAUCUGGUUCAGGUCGGUCAUGAAGGCAGCUCGACUCCGGUACAUUCUCUGCCGACACUUCUUUGUCAUGGUGCCAAGGUCCAUGGGGCAGCGAAUGACCUUGUAGUAGUCAGGAAUGUUCUUGGCAGGCACCGGGUCAUGGAACAUCCACACCUCAGGGGAUGAUUUCAUGGUCUCGACGGCCUUGGUGAAGAGAUAGGAGAGAGCGACCUGCGGAUCAUCUGCCAGCGCUGGGUUUAUCUCCACUUCCAGCUGCUCCAGCUCCUUCUCAUACUGCCAGCAGAGAACACCAGGGCACAGGGGG